UCUUCUAAUCAAUGAAAUACUAAAUACCUUCCUUCAAUUCUAACAUUUACAACACCUAUUUAAUAUUUACCCUGGCCUGUACCUAUUGGUAGAAAUGGAAGCUAGUCAAAUGUAGUUGUUGGGCAACUGUAAUCAUUUAGAAGAGCACACACAGAGAGACCCAUCAAGUUUGCAUUAUUUAAGACCUCCUUUUGCAACAACAUUACGCAUCCAGCAAGUAAGUUUUGCAAUCAUGGAUGGAUCACUCUCUGCUGACCCAGAAGUAAAAAUGCCAAGCUCUAGUGCCAAAGAAAGAGGCAACUGGAUCACCUUCCCUUUUAUCAUAGGGACUAUGGCUGGUGUGACACUUGCUGGAGGAGGAUAUCUAGCCAACCUGAUUGUUUAUCUUAUUGAAGAAUUCAAUUUCAAGAGCAUUGAUGCUGCUCAGGUUUUUAAUGUGGUUAAUGGUGCCAGUAAUUUAUUUCCUAUCGCCGGAGCUAUAGUUGCUGACUCUUUCUUGGGCAAUUUCACCGUUGUCACUAUCUCUUCUUGUGUCUCUUUUCUGGGAGUGGUGCUUUUGGUCUUAACUUCACUACUUGACUUCUUGAAGCCGAAACCUUGUGAAAUAGGAUCAAGCUUAUGCCAAACUCCAUUAAAACCCCAAUAUGCAGUACUAUAUGGAGCCUUGGUUCUGACAUCUAUAGGCUUUGGAGGAUCUCGGUAUUCUUUAGCAACAAUGGGAGCAAACCAAUUCAAUAAACCUGAAGAUCAGAAUACUUAUUUCAACUGGUUUUUCUUUACCCUUUACUCUGCUUCUGUUAUUAGUGUUACAGCCAUAGUCUACGUAGAGGAAAAUAUUAGUUGGGCACUUGGAUUUGGCCUGUGUCUUGCUGCUAAUUUUAUUGCUUUAGUCAUUUUUCUGCUGGGAAAACGUUUUUACCGAUGUGACAAACCAGAAGGAAGCCCAUUUACAGCCUUAGCUCGCGUAGUUGUUGCUACUAUAAAAAAGAGGAAGGUCCUGUUAUCUUCCAGGAGUGAGGACUAUUACUAUGAGAAUGACGCAAAGGCAAAGGAGGCAGCUGCUACAGUGACAAAGAGCUUCAGCAGGUUCUUCAACCGAGCAGCAAUGAAAACUGAAGGUGGCAUCAAACCAGAUGGAUCCAUUGCAAAACCAUGGAGAAUCUGCUCAGUACAGCAAGUAGAAGAUUUCAAGACACUAAUCGGAAUUUUCCCAAUAUGGUCAUCCAGUAUAUUCUUAGGCACUCCAAUAGCAAUCCAAUCAAGCUUGACUGUACUCCAAGCUCUAGCCAUGGACCGACGCCUCGGACAACAUUUCAAAAUCCCAGCAGGCUCUGUUAUAGUCUUAAUACUGAUAACAACAUCCAUUUGUCUCACCUUCAUCGAUCGGGUUUUCUAUCCCUUUUGGCGGAUGCUAACACACAAACUUCCGACGCCAUUCCAAAGAAUAGGAGUAGGCCAUGUAUUUAAUGUGCUAAGCAUGGGUGUUUCAGCUUUGGUAGAGUCAAGAAGGCUAAGAAUAGGUCAUGCUCAACACCAUCAAGAUGAUCAGGAUAGUUCUACUGUGCCUAUGCUGGCCCUGUGGCUAUUUCCGCAACUAAUUUUAGUUGGAAUUGGAGAAGCAUUUCACUUUCCAGGGCAAGUUGCUUUAUAUUACCAGGAAUUUCCAAUCUCAAUGCGUAACACGGCAACUGCUAUGAUAUCUUUGAUUGUUGGGAUAUCUUUCUAUUUAAGCACGGCUUUGAUCGAUCUGGUUAGAAGGGUUACAGAUUGGUUGCCGGAUAAUAUAGAUGAUGGGAGGAUUGAUAAUGUGUAUUGGCUGAUGGUGGUGAUAGGAGUAAUCAACUUUGGUUAUUUUCUAGUUUGUGCCAAGUUAUAUAAGUAUCAGAAUGUUGAAAAGGCAGACAAGGUUUCCGUUUCUGAUAUGACAAGUUCAUAAGUUGAUGGAGGACAUAUGACAAGUUCAUAAAUUGAUAGAGGACAUCAUUGCCAGAUAAUGAAUGUAGCCGCCACUUGUAUUUUUUGUUUUAGCCACCACUUUCGUGUAUCUUUGUUUUUCCGUUUCUGAUGAAUAUAUAUAUAUAUAUUCUAAUCACAUUAAAAAUUCAAAUAUCUUUCUCAUUA